AUGGAUACCCUCAUCCGUUCGCUAUUAAUAGCGGCGGCGGCAGCGCCCUAUGAUCUCUUCGCUGCCGCUGUGCCCCUCGAUUCUGAGCCUUCCGUUGCCACCGACGCUGUUGAUACUGCCGGCAACAGACCACGGGCCCCCAGGGACCAGUCAAAGGCCUCGGCCGACUCCCACGUACAGGCUUCUUACUGGUAUGACUGGGGUUGGUACGGCAGUUACCCGCGCAAGUCCUACGAGUCGUUUGGUGCGGAUUCUCCCCUUUUCAACAUUGUCAAGGCCGACGACCGGUGUGAGGAUGGUCUAUUGUUCAUAGAGCCCCGCGGACUCUAUGUCGAGACUCCUGGGCCGGUCAUUGUUGAUGGUCAGGGCAAUCUUGUCUGGACAGACACGAAAUGGGGUCAAGCCAUGGACGUCAAAGUCCAGUCUUAUAAGGGAAAGGACUACAUCACGUUUUGGAUUGGCGAGGACACAGGUUCUUUUGCUGGUGGGACGGGGUCGUAUCUCAUGCUCGAUGACAAGUACAACCUCUUCAAGGAAGUCAUCCCCGCGGGUGAUCUUCUAGGUGACCUGCACGAGUUCUCCAUCACAGAAGAUGGAACAGCCCUCAUGACAAUCUACGAGUCGAUCGAGGGCACUUUUCCCGGGUCUGACCCCGAUUCCGAGUCCUGGACCGGCUGGCUAUACGACUGCCUGUUUCAGGAGAUGGACAUUGAGACGGGCGAGCUCAUCUUCGAGUGGCGCGCGACAGACCACUACCACGUCCUGGACAGUCUGCAGCCGCCCGGUUGGACUGGCAGGAACGCGAACUCGGGCUUCGACUUCUUCCACAUCAACAGCAUCGACAAGAACAGCGAGGGCGACUACCUGAUCUCGGCGCGGCACAUGUGCGCCGUGGCCUGCAUCAGCCACGUCGACGGUAGCAUCCUCUGGCAGCUGGGCGGCAAGGGCAACUCGUUCGCCGACCUGUCGGAUGGCCAGGCCACCAACAUUGCCUGGAACCACCACGCCAGCUGGCACGACAACGGCACGACCGUCACCCUCUUCGACAACCAGUCCAACGGCCAGUUCAACUCGGCCUCGCGGUCGCGCGGCGUCAAGGUCUCGCUCAACCUCGACGCCAUGACGGCCACCCUGACGCGCGAGUACGUCGCCCCGCUGGGCUACCUGGCCCCGUCGCAGGGGUCAGUCCAGGUGCUGCCCAACGGCAACGUGCUCGUCGGAUGGGGCCACACCCCGGCCUACACAGAGUACACGGCCGAGGGCGAGGUGCUGUGCGACGUCCACUUCGGUCCCAUCUGGUUCGCCAACUUUGGCUGGGUCAAGAGCUACCGCGACUUCAAGUUCCCCUGGGUCGGCCGCCCGGAUACGAACCCGGACAUUGCCGUCCGCCCGGACCAGCAGGCCGUGUACGUGAGCUGGAACGGGGCUACCGAGGUGCGCGAGUGGCACAUGCAGAGCAGCGACAGCGAGGACGGCAGCGCUGCCACCACCGACCACGAGCGCGUCGUCAAGACCACCUUCGAGACUCGCAUCUCCGUGCCCGACGACGCUGGCGCCUUCAUCACCGUCGUCGCCCUCGACGCCGCCGGCAACGUCCUCGGCCGCACGCGCACCGUUCCCCGCCACGAGAAGACGACCAAGACGCUUCUCGAGGCGCCCUCGCGCGGAUGGAUGCCCGAGCCCGUCACCAUCUUCUCCUGGUCGCUCAUGGCCUUCCUCAUCACCAUCUUUGCCCUGUACCAUUACCGCGCUCCGCUCAGGCGCGUCGUGCGCACCGUCACCAAGCGCGUCGGCAAGUCGUCGUCGUCGCAACACAACUACGAGCCUAUACCUUUGCAGUGA